CAUCAACGCGCUAGUUGGCGACGAGCUGCUCGCCGUCAUUCAUCAGUUUUCUCUUGCCUUGAAUGGAUCGUGCUCCUUGUGUGAUGUGCGGAAAAAUAGUGUUCAUAUCCGUGCCCAGCAGCAGUAGCAGCAGAUUAACCAUCCAGGAGCGCUACCUUUUUUCUUUAGUUUUUUGUUGAGUUUCGGCCAAAUAUUCCAAUCAUUUUUUAAUUUAUGGACUUGCGGGCAAUGCGUUCCGAUGAAAAACCAGUGCAAAAUAUAUCAAAAACCCUAUCCCGAAGUUGAGUUGUUCCGAUAGGCCAGAAAGAAUUGGGCAGCUGCCUGAAUAGUGGACAAUUUGCUGCAAUCGAGCGAGUGACGAGCGCGUGUGUGUGAGCUAAAAAUUUGUUCUGGGUGUGGAAUUUCCGUGCAAGGAAAAUUUUUACUUUAUUGGUUUAUUUAUUUUAAUAAUGAGUGAUUAUUCAAACCAGAACUCGCAAAAUUUUAGUCAAUCGUCAGCAUUUGCAGCCGCUUUACAGAGAGCAAAACAAAUUGCCGCUAAAAUACACCCGGGUGGUGGCCAACCGGUGAAGAGAUCGCUAGAGGACGACUCGGGACCAGAAUCAAAAAAGUUUGGAGCACAGUCUGACUUUAACAAUGCAAACUCGCCGACUGGCAUGAGCCCAGCUGCUAUGCAAGCCGCUGCUCAAGCUGCAGCCGUAGCCGCACGUUUAUCGCAAAUCAACAACAACUCGAACUCAAACUCAGCCGCGGGAGGACAGGAUCCGGUCCAAAGAGCACGUGACCUUAUCAGCAAGAUGGUAAAUCAACAGGGAGGCCCUAACGGUCCGAUGGACAAUGGUAACCACGGAGGUGGUGGUGGUGGUGGAGGAGGUGGCGGCGGCGGUGGCCGCGGAGGCUUCGGUUCGUCCAACUUUGGCAACCAGCCGUUCCAGGAAAUCAUGAUUCCAGGCUCAAAAGUUGGGCUUAUCAUUGGAAAGGGAGGAGAAACUAUCAAACAACUGCAGGAGAAGUCCGGCGCCAAAAUGGUAAUCAUUCAGGAUGGCCCAGGACAGGAAAUGGAAAAACCACUGCGUAUCUCUGGCGAUGCACAAAAGGUAGAGCAUGCCAAGCAGUUGGUGUAUGACCUGAUACAAGAAAAGGAUAAUUACAAUAACCAGCGAAACCAAAGUAUGAACGGAACGGAACAAGCUGAAGUAUUUGUUCCCAAGUCUGCUGUUGGUGUAGUGAUUGGUAAAGGAGGUGACAUGAUUAAGAAGAUUCAGGGUGAAUCUGGUUGCAAAUUGCAAUUUAUUCAGGGACGAGGGGAUGGACCUGGAGACCGUCGUUGCAUUGUGCAAGGCGCAAGAGCACAGGUUGAGGAAGGAAAACGGAUGAUUGAGGAGCUGAUCGAAAGUGUUCAGCGACGGGAACUUGGAGGUGGUGGUAGAGGCGGAGGCCGAGGUGGCGAUGAUCGCGGAGACCGAGGGGAUCGGCCUCAUCGUGGUCGUGAGGGUCAUGACAAUGGAAACGGUGGCCAGUACGGUGGAGGUAGUGAUUACAGUGGACCACAGGUGACCCGUGAAGAAUAUACAUUCACCGUUCCCGUUAAUAAAUGCGGUAUCAUAAUUGGCCGUGGUGGAGACACUAUAAAGCAAAUCAACCAACAGUCGGGAGCGCACACUGAAAUGGACCGCAAGGCUUCCGCAAACCAAACAGCUGAAAAGACAUUUACCACUAAAGGCGAACCUCACCAGAUUGAGGAAGCCAAGCGAUUGAUUCAAGACAAAAUAAACAUGGAAAUCAACUUGGUAUACGUUGGUUCGUCCACAGCCCCUGCACAACAAUUCCAGAACAACGGUCAAAAUGCGUACGGUGGUCAGAGCUGGGGCGGCUAUCAGCAGCCGUCUUGGGAUCAGCCCCAACAGGUGCAAGCAAGCGCAGCUUCGGCCGCAGUUGCUCAACAACAGCAGCAGCAACAACAAGCGGCAGGACAAGCAGACUACUCCCAACAAUGGAUUGAAUAUUAUCGAGAAGGAUCCACUAAUCGGUCUGAUCAAUCCUCUUCCUCCAGGCAAAUGGGAAUGCAUCGCGAGGCAGAAAUGAUCGAACAACAAGUGAAAGCACGGCAAGCCGCUGCCCAGCAGGGUGCGGCACCAUCUCCCGCGGUCCAGACGACACAAGCUAAUCAAACUGUACAAGGUCAAUCAGUUGUGACAACGAGCAACGCCGGAGCGCAACAAUCGGGUGGAGGUGGAGGCCAGGCGGAUUACAGCGCGGAAUGGGCCGAAUACUACCGAAGGCUCGGUAGAAUUGAGGAAGCCGAAGCGAUCGAGAAACAAAUCGCUAGUAAUAAGCAGGCUAUACAGACACCUGGAGGUGCAGGAGGACAACCUGGAGGCGCCGCUGGGCAACAGUUUGGUGCAGCCGGAGGAGCUCCAGGCGGUGCCGGAGCUAACCCACAACAGAUGGCGGCGCAGCAGGCUGCAGCUGGUGGCUACGGUGCACAACAAUACCAGCAAUACUACGCUGGGGCAGCUGCUGCCGGUGGACAACCUGGUGGGUAUCAAGGCUACCCAUACGGAGGCGGAUAUCCAGGACAACAGGGCGGGCAACCAGGUCAGCCGCAAGCUGGCCAGGGACAGGACAAAAAUUAACUCAAGUCGUCCGCGUUGAACGACAAGUCCACCUGACAGAUCCCUUCCACCUUCCCGUAAGCUUAUAGAGAUAAUGUUUGCUAUAUAUAACAAUAUGUAUCAUCUCAACUAUUGAGCACAUAUAACAACAUUAGCGUUCAAGCUAUGUAGGACAAAUAAAAACCUAGGAUCGAACACGGCUUGUUAGCAACAGAGAGAAAAAAAUGAACCUAAUAUAACCAUAACUAAGCAACUCAACCAAUAAGAACAUUACAACUAUAGCAGUGAAGAUGAGUCAUACUGAAGCAAAAUGAACAUUUGCCAAUUGCAUUCAAUGCGGCAGUGUGUAUGUGUGUGUGUACCUUCGAAACUUUCCGUUUUGAAUGGUUCUUGAUUCCAAAUGCUACAAUUAUAGAAACUGUAACACUGUUCUGCUGUUCUGCGUGCAUCCAAUGGAAGAGUUCAGUGCGAUACGCAACUAAUUUCUCCGCACAUAUGCAACAACUGUUUCUCAAAUUUUCACUCUUCGUUACAUACAAUAACGUUUUGCCAUAAUCUGGAUCGCUUUUAUUCGCGGAGACAAAUUUGCAUAAAACAUGUUGUCAUUUUAUAUAUUGAUAUAUAUAUAUGUUUCUCGAAUUACAUGCCUUACAAAUAUGUUGAAAUUGAACAAUUUCCCACGAAAAAUCGGAAAUACCUACGAAUACUAUAUUCUGCCAGUUAUUAUAAAUUCAUCCAAUAAUCUAUAAUACCAGUCGCUACCGAUGUGUAUCUAUCAUUUAAUUUUGUUUUUCAUGUUUAUCUAAUAGUAUUAUGAGAAAAAUGGCCAUUUUUCUUUUCCCCUUUUUAGAGAUAUUCGCUAUUAUCCACAUCAAAUGUUUUUAGUUCGGGUAUUACUUUUUCAUAUGCUUUUUCUAUUUUUCGAAAGAGAUUCACUCAGAACUGUAACGCUGACAGAGUACUAGAUUCAGCAAGAGUGAUGCCGACGGAUAUUGGCGUGGGGACGAAACAAAAAUGGUUCAACCAGCCCCCUACUGUGCAGACUUUUUUGAUCCGGGAAGGUAAUUUUCUUAACCAAACAAAAAAACACUAGAUGAAAUAUUUGUGGUAAAAUUUCGCUCAUCUGCAGUAAAUGUUUUUGCCACCGUUAUUUUAUUUUACUACAUUAUAAUAUAUAGUCCGUACUGAUGCACAUUCAUAAAGCCUGAUACUAUUUGCAAAUGAAUAACACAAAUUGCUCCAUUAUAUUUGCAUUGAUUUUUUGAUAUCAAAGUGUUGUUCUGGCCUUGCAAUUAUCCCCGCUCAAAUGGUCUACAUUCUUAUAUAUGAAUAUAUACAAAUUGUGACAUGCUUAACAUCGGUACAAAAUAUUGGUAUAUUCGCCGUAAAUGUUAAAACUUUGUUCCUGCUGAAGUGUGUACUUAGACUACCUUCCGGCGGAAUAGUUGAGCCUGCUAAAUACGACGCUCACAAGUAGUAGGCCAGGAAGUCGUAAAAAUGUGGAACAGUGCUAGAAGAAUCAAACACAUACUGCUGCGUUCUAAGAUUGUAAUUGUAUUUGUGUGAUCAGAACACUGAAUAACAAAAAAAUCCGGAAAGCAUAACAAACAAUAGACAGAUAUGAACACUUUUGCAAAGUGACUUGAAACUAAUACAGAGAAGCCAAAUAAACCAUGUGAACAGACAGUACACCAAUAGUACAGUGAAGAUUGAAAAGGAUAGACAAAGUGAUUCAAGACAGUUUUAUAGGAGAGAUGCAGUUCCUUCUCCGGGAGAAAAGAUACUCCAAAGAGAAGCAGGAAAAGAACAGUGACGGAGUGUAACCACAAGGUGAGAUUGUGUCGGAAAUGCAUUAAAUGUGAAUUAUUUCGGCUUUUCUGAUGUUUUCUGAUUGUCACAUAGCUGUAUAUGCAAUCACAUAUUAUUAUACCCAAAUGAACAAACUAUGUGGUAGAUAAGGUACAUCAAUUCCGUACAUCUAGAACAUGAGAGCGUUUAAUCCCCUUUUCUCAAAUUAGCUUAUCGUAUAACAUAUUUUACAAGUGUAAGAAAACUAUUUUAACAACCGAAAAUGCACAUUACAUGAAGCAAACAACUAUCUGAAUGGUUCUCACCAACGCUCUUAUACAUAAAUGAAUGUACAUUAUCUUUUAUGUCACUGCAGUCGAUUCCAUACGAUCAUCUGAAUAAAUUUCGAUCACUGAUGAGAUUCACUUAUUCUAGCUAGGCAUAAAAAACAAAGUGUGAAAACACAGUGCGUUAAGUGCGGUUUUUCCCGUUGGCGAAAGCGGAUUACCAAACCGUUUGGGAAAAGACCGUUAUGACACAGGACUUAACCGGCAACGGCACUGCUGUCAACGAAGCGAAUAAGUGUUAUCGUUUGUCCUAUUUGAACCCAUUCUUCCAUCCGACGAUAAAACAAAUUGCUAACCAACAAUAAAGUUGUUCAUUACAUCCAGCAACACAAAA